AUGCGUUCGACAACACGGCUCCUAGCGACCGUGAAAUCGGCAUCCAAAUACCUCGAACCCAACACCCCGACCGGACUAACAGGACUCUCAACCCAUCCAUCACCCCGACCCGCCCUCAUAUACACCUACAAACAGACACUCGCCAAGCUCAACCGACUCCCCUCAAGCUCUGUAUACCGCCAGUCAGUAGAAGCACUGACAAAGAAGCGUCUAGCGGUCAUCGAAGCGACAAAACCAGAAGGCUACGAAGCAUGGCUUGGCCGAGUGCGCAAAGCCAUCGAAGCGAACCCUGAAGCGUACAGCCAGUUCAAGGUCAGCGACGGUAGUCUGCAGAACGAGCGUGCGUUCGUCGAGGCGGUCGAUGUCUGGGAUGGGAAAGUCUCCAAGAAAGACUCGUUCCAAGAGGGCGCCAACACGUUGAAACAAGCCGAGGCCAAGGCACAGGCUGUCAAGGAAGAUGCUGAACGGGUAGACAAGGAGGCGGUCUCGGGUGUGGCACCCAAGGUGGAUGAUCUGGAAAAGGAACCACCUUUGACGAGAGUGCAGAUCGACGAGAUUGAACAACAAAUCGGUGCUGGUCUGAUCGAAGAGGUCAUACAAGUUGCCGAGGGCGAGUUGCUGCUCGUGGAUGAAAUGCUGAAAUAUCAGGUAUGGGAAGACCUCGAGGAACAGAUACCCUCGGGUCAAUGGGAGUAUUUUGAGCGUGGUGAUCGUGUCUAG